AGGAGGAAGAAGGAGAGGAGGGGACGGAGGAGACGGCGGUGGAGGCUGAACUCUCCAGCUCCUCAGAAACUGAAUGUGAGGUGGAGGCGGAGCCGGCCAAGCAGCCAGGUGAGCGCCCGUCGAAGCGUCGCUGUUUCUGGGAGUACAGACGCGCCCGAGAGUCGGCCACGAAGAAGAAGCUGGGCGGAGACGUCCACUGGUCCCUGUCCUGGAGCUCCAGCACUCUGCCCAGCACGCUGUACCGCAGAGAGGGCAAAAAAGGGCGACGCAAAGCCCGCAAGACGGACGCCAGCGACCUGACGCCAAACCCGCAGAAGCUCCACAACAUCGGGGAGCAGCUGCAGAAGCUCAACGCCGCCAUCGACGGCAUGGGUCCGGUCAACGACCUUCCCGCCGUGGCCCGGGCCCGCUCCCGUAAGGAGAAGAACAAGCUGGCCUCCAGGGCCUGCCGGCUGAAGAAGAAGGCCCAGCACGAAGCCAACAAGAUCAAGCUGUGGGGGCUCAACCAGGAGUACGAGAACCUGCUGGGGGCUCUGCUGCGGAUCAAGGAGGUGAUCCGACGACGAGUGGAGAGCAGCGAGGAGGAGGACACGGACGAGCGAGGGAUGACCCAACGCCUGGAGGACAUCCUCCGAGAGUCCAGCGGUCCUCUAGUCGCCGGGCGGACCAAAGACUUUGUGCAGAGGAUUUUGGCGGCCAGCGCGGGCAGUCAGAACCAGCGCAAAGAGCCCCCGCAGGAAGGAGACGAGACCGCGGGGUAAACUCCCCCGGCGCCGCCCCUCCCUCUUCCCUCCUGCCUCCUCCUUCCACGCACUCCCCCCACCCGGCGCCGCCACCAACCGACCUGACCAAGCUUCUCUUCACCACCUCCACUCUCACAGCGUUUAAGUAAAAAGCAAAGAGGUGAAGCAGAGGUGGAGAGGCUGGGGAGAUAGAAGAUAGAAGAGGAGGAGGAGGAGGAGGAGGAGGAGGAGGAGGAGGAAGAGGAGGAAGAGGAAGGAGUAGUCUAAACAAAUUGGGAGUAAAUUGCCACCCUGCUCCCUGCAGUCCUCUCCUGUUGGCCCUCCAAACAGCAGCCGUCUUCACCGCUCUGUGUCUGCAGGCUGCACCACAACCACCACCCGACCAGAGCUGCUGCUGCCGCUG